AUGAAAAAUGUAUUCAUAUCAGGAGGCUGUAAUUCAGUCUAUAAUGGUUUGGAUGUUUGUUAAUUUGAACCAAAUUCACAUUUGAUAGCAUUUCCUUGUAGUAACCAAAUAUUAGUGUAUGAUAUUGAGAAAUUAAAGGUUAUAUAUUCUUAUUCAACUUUUAAUAAGAGAGUCAAUUACGUAAGAUUUCUGGAUGCAAAUACAUUGAUAGCUGCUGAUGGAGAGGGUAAAAUAGCUAUAUUCAACGAUUCCUAAAUUUUACAUGAAACUAAAUUAAGUGAAUCAAUAUAAUUGUUCAAAGUUAUUGGUAAACACCUAAUUGCCUUGUCUAUCGAUGGCUUAGUUACAGUGCUGGAUUUAGAAUUAAAAGAAUUAUCAAAGCUUGAGUUUGGUAAUAAUGUGAUGGAGAACAUUGAUGCAAUUGCUUUUGAUAAUUUCAUUUUUGUUGCUCUCAGUGGAGUAGAUACUCAAAUCCAUUUAUACAUCUUAGAGAACAAUCAAUUAUAAUAUAAAGCUUCAGUGAAAGGUCAUUAGAGAAGUUUAAAUCACUUGCAGUUUUUCUAAAAAAACUAGGAUUACUUGUAAUUGGCAAGUGCAUCUAAGGAUACAUACACUAGAAUCUGGAGCAUCUACAAGGUUAAUGAGGUUGAGGCUAAGAUUAGAUCUUUUAGAAUAGGCUAAUAAUUAUAUAGUUUCAAAUUGGAGACAAUCCUCUAAGGACAUAAUGAAGAGGUUUCUACAGUAAAUUGGUUUGAUGAGAAUACAAUUCUGAGUGGUUCAUUUGAUUACAAUGUUAUCAUUUGGAAGCAAGACAAGGAUACCGGAUUAUGGUUAAGUGUUUCCAGAUUAGGAUAAACAAGUGGAAAUAAGAAUCAGAUAUUUGGAUUGAAAACAUCAUAUGAUAAAUAAUACAUUAUAUGUUAUACUUUGACUGGGGCAAUUUAUAUUUGGAAAUAGCAAUAAGAUAAUUGGGUAGAAUAACCUGUGAUAACAGGCCAUUAUGCAGAGGUAACAGAUCUUGAUUUUAAUGACUAUUUACUCACUUGUAGUAUUGAUUAAACUAGUCGAAUCUUUGCCAAGUGGAUUCAAAAUGGCACAUAUCAUGAAAUAUCCAGACCAUAAAUUCAUGGUUAUGAUUUAAAUGCUAUAAAACAAAUUGGAAAUCAAGUUAUAAGUGGAGGAGAUGAGAAGAUAUUAAGAAUGUUCAAUCCAUCUCCUUUUACAAUUAAUUAGCUCAAUUAUUUGAAUGAAUAAAAUAUUAAUUCAUCUGUCUUUUUGAAUAAAAAUAUUCCUUCACAAAUUGUAACUUAUAACAAUAGAUAAUUUAAUGAAUUUAAAUUAGCUACUGAAGGAAUACAAUAGGCACUUGGAUUGAUGAAUGUACAAAUGUAAUUUGAGGAUGAAGAAGAUGAGAAUGUCAAAGCUAAUGAAGUUGAAGUCAAUCUUGAAGUCAAAUAUGGAUAACCUCCAAAUGAUGCCUUGCUUGCAAAGAAAUCCUUAUGGCCAGAAACUAAUAAAUUAUAUGGGCACGGUUAUGCAAUUUAGGCAAUAGCUAUACAUUAAAAUAUAGCUGCUUCAUCCUCUGUUGCCAUUACAUCUAAAGCUGCUGAAAUAAUCAUUUGGGAUACAAACACUUUCAAAAUUAAAUAAUUAUUACCAUGUCAUAAUUACACUGUUGUCUAACUUGUAUUUUCUAAGAGUGGAAAAUAUUUGAUAAGUGUUAGUAAAGACAGAUGCUUAGGAGUAUUUGUUAAAUAGGAUGAUGACACUUAUUAAUUACUAUCAAAAUCAUAGCCUUGUUCAAGAAUUGUGUAUACUUGUUCAUUCAAUAAUGAUGAAUCUCUGAUCUUUACUGGAAGCAGAGAUAAAAAAUUUAGAAUUUAUAAUACUAAAGAGGCAUCAUUGCCAAUAAAAGAAAUCGAUUUCCCAGAUGAGAUCACAGCUAUAGAUUCUGUUUAACUUAAUGAAAAAUAAAUUGUCGCUGUAGCCUAUGGUUAAGGACAACUAGAGACAUUUGAACUUACAUAAGCUCUUGAAUUAAAAUUGCUGUCUGCUGUAGAUAAAUAUCAUUAACAUUCUAAAACUAUUAACAGAAUCAAAUUUAAUAAUAAUUUGCUUGCUUCCUGUAGUGAUGAUCACACAGUUAGAAUAUAUGAAAUAUGA